UAAUUAAAAUGUGUAAAGUUUUUACAAUAUAGGUCAUUGCCGUUAACAACUGAUUCAACAUUUAGAUUCGACAUAUAUAAAGCUGGUUAAGAUUCAGACUUGUAUUUAUGUAUGAGGAAGUUGGCUUAACCUGUAACAAAGCAAGAAUCCAAUCACAAUGGAAAUUGGAAAGCUGCUGAAAUAUACCCUAAUUGCCGCCAUUCUGAUUGUGAUAGCGUUUAUACUUAUUGUGGUUGGAGUUGCGUCACCUGGAUGGGUUUAUUUUAAUAGCAUCAAUUCUGGAAUUAAACUUCAAGAUUAUGACCUUGCCUAUUCAAAUUACAAUGGCAAAGACACAUCAGACUCAUCAGCUAGGCAAGCAGCCUACGCACUCUGUGUCAUCUCGACACUCGGGGCGGCUACGGCCCUGACAGCCGUGUCGAUUGAUGUUUUGUUACAACUCCUAAACAAAAUGAACGAGACUACGACCAAAAUUUUACCUUUGGUGACCCUGAUAGCUGCCAAUGUUGGCGGAGGCUUUGGAAUCAUUGGUUCUAUUAUACAUGUGGCGUGGUAUGCAAGUAAAUUUAGCAACACUAGUUCGAUUUCGACAGUAUACUACAGCCUAAGCUACGGCUACAUCCCAGGUUACUCAUUCUUCUUGACCAUCAUCGGCUCUAUCAUACUCAUUGCUGGUGGAGGUUUGGCCAAGAAAGCUAGCAAAGGUGGACACAUUGGUGGGGUCUAAACGUGAAACUACAGGAACACCUUCAAGUAUCUGUGAUAAAAAUUCCGUUUUUGUAAAUUAUUUUAUGACACUUGUUAGUAUAAAAAGAUUUUUUGUUGGUAUAUGUGUCAAGGGUCAAAAAGUGGCUUAGGCUAUAAGCAUGUCAUCAUUAAUACAUUUGUAUGUCAUGAUUGCGUCAUUGGUAUGUAAUAAUUGCACUAUUAGUAUGUCACCAUUGAGCCAUUAGAAUGUCAUGAUUGCGCCAUUAGUAUGUCAUCAUUGAGCCAUUAGUAUAUUAUGAUUGCACCCUGAGUAUGUUAUGAUUUUGCCAUUAGUAUGUUAUGAUUGCGCCAUUAGUAUGUUAUGAUUGCGCCAUUAGUAUGUUAUAAUUGCGCCAUUAGUAUGUUAUGGUUGCGCCAUUAGUAUGUUAUUAUUGCACCAUUUGUAUGUUAUGAUUGCCCCAUUAGUAUGUUUUAAUUGCGACAUUAGUAUUCUAUGAUUGUGCCAUUAGUAUGUUAUGAUUGCGCCUUUAGUAUGUUAUGAUUGCGCCAUUAGUAUGUUAUGAUUGCGCCAUUAGUAUGUUAUGAUUGCCCCAUUAGUAUGUUAUGAUUACGCCAUUAGUAUUCUAUGAUUGCCCCAUUAGUAUGUUAUAAUUGCGCCAUUAGUAUGUUAUGAUUGCACCAUUGGUAUGUUAUGAUUGCGCCAUUAGUAUGUUAUGAUUGCACCAUUAGUAUGUUAUUACUGCGGAAUUUAUACCAAAAGGUUCACAGUUUCAAUGUUCUUAUCCCUUCCAUUGCUUUCUCAUUCUUCUUUCUUUCUCUCUCUGUUUCUUUUUUCACUCUCUCUCUCUCUCUGUUUCUUUUUUCACUCUCUCUCUCUCUUUCUUUUCGCCUGUCUCGUUCAGCUUUUUUUUUUGUUUUGUUGUUUUGUAGUUUUUAUUUCUACCGAAUGAUGGUAACGAUGAUAAUCUUUGCUGCACUAUUGCAGAUCAUGUGAGGAUUUUAUAUAUUACAUUUUAGGAUCAUGUAACUUUAUCAUGUUGUAUUAGUGUACUGAAUGUUUUAAAUGUAUUGUUUUCAGCAAAUAAAAAAAAGGAAAUGCUUCAAAUUGUCUGUCUGUGAAUAUGUUCAUAAUGAAAUAUACAUGUUGCAUAUUAAAUUUAAAAAUAAAUAAAAUGAAAUAUAGAUCUUGUAUGUAAAUGUUCAUAACCCAAUACAUUUUAAAAUCUGAGUAAAUCGUUUAUUCUCGUAA